GUCAAGUCGUCAAGUUUUAUUCAUCACUUGCUCUGAUGAAUGCAUACUCGAGUCGUUCACAUUCGGUCUUUUCCAUCACAAUACAUAUGAAGGAGAUGACCGAUGAUGGGGAGGAGCUAGUAAAAAUUGGCAAGCUGAAUUUAGUGGAUCUUGCCGGGAAUGAAAAUAUCGGCCGUUCUGGAGCUGUGGAUAAAAGAGCUCGUGAAGCUGGCAAUAUCAAUCAGUCGCUACUUACUCUGGGAAGAGUAAUCACAGCAUCGGUGGAGAGAACCCCUCACAUACCCUACAGAGAAUCGAAACUUACCAGGAUUCUUCAGGACUCUCUUGGGGGACAAACUAAAACUUCAAUCAUUGCCACCAUUUCCCCAGCUUCAUUGAAUCUUGAAGAAACCUUGAGCACUCUGGAUUAUGCCUAUCGUGCAAAGAACAUUUUGAAUAAACCGGUUAAUCAGAAACUUACCAAGAUGGCCUUAAUAAAGGAGUAUACUGAAGAGAUUGAGAGACUGAAGCGGGAUCUUGCUGCAGCACGUGAUAAAAAUGGAGUGUUCAUGACCGUAGAAAGCUACGAAUUUAUGCAGAGUAAAGGGACUGGUCUGGAAGAACAGAUUAGUGACUAUGUUGUAAAGAUUGUUGCUAUUGAAGAGGAGCUGAAACAGGUUAACGAGCUAUUUCUGGAUGGCAAGUAGGAGCUUGAACAUUGUGUGACAGAACUGCAGCAACAAGAGCAGGUACUUCAGGAAACUUGGCAAGAUUUGGAGUUGACCAAAGGAAAGCUGUCUGAAGAGGAAUUUGUUUGUGAUGCCUAUGCUUGCACUGAGAAAAAGCUCUACAGGUGGUUGAAAUGAGUACAAGAGACGUGUCUGGGCUUCACUAAGCUUGACUCUUUGCUAGGUUGUUAAUCUGUGUGAAGACUCCUGCUGAAUAAACGUAUGUUUAAAGCAACUCCGGUGUCCGGUCGAUUAUUGUCGAAACAACCGAUGUAAGAGAAAAACGAGACUCACAAGAGCAAAUCUGGUUGAUGAGACUGGUGGAACGAUAGCAUCAAAUGUCGAUUAUUUCACUUUGGAUGUUAGGUAUCAUCGUCCCAAAGGGUCAUUGUAGCAAUGUGCAUGAGACAAUAUGAAUAUCACUGUACCUUAAUUGGUACGCGUGACAAUAAAAUACCUUUGAAACCUUUGAGGUGUUUGCUGGUUGUCAAAAUGCUUGAUGGAGUUUGCCCUUAAUAAAAUUAACACAUUGGCUUUUAAGUUACAUUUUGCUUCGACUUUAGUUUCCACGAAAGCUGGUUCGUUUGAAUAAACCAUAUCGCCUCUGUUCAUCCUAUAUUCCUGAGGAAGAUAUAUUCCUGAGCCAACAACUCAGGGUCUCCUGCGGUAAUGUAAUCAUAAGCUGAUGACGAGUAAUGCUGCUUCCUCACUUGAAUGAACACUAAAGACAUUUCUUACAUUCCUCCAAUCAGCACAGCAAUGGAAGUCUCAUCGUUAAGGAGGGGAAUGGGACAGUCUGUUACCUGCUCUGUCUCAAAGACUUCAGAGAAGGGGUGGCAUAGUGGUGCAGCGGUAGAGUUGCUGCCUUAGUGCUA